AUGUCCGACCCGGACGACAAGAACUCCUGGCACUCCUGUCCCGGGGGCGGCAGCUUCUACGUCUGCGGGGGAGCCGCCACCGGGUUCGUUGGCUGCUGCACCACGGACCCGUGUGUGGCGGCCAGCGGCGGCAAGUGCCUGCAGACUCAGAGCAACCUCCGUCCGGCCAAGCCGAGCAUUGACCGGGCGCUUCGGGAUUCUUCUCUUUCCCCCAGAGCCGUCACCAUCACGGCAACGAUAGCACCCGCGGCAGCCGCUGGGGCCGCUGGCUCGACGACAACAACACUAAGUAGCACCACCGACAGCAACAGCAAUGGCAACAGCAGCGACGGCGGCAACAACAUAAUCGGGCUCUCUCGCUCCGCCGCGGCGGGUGUCGUUGGCGGGGCGGCCGCGCUGCUGGUUGUGUUUAUUGCUGCCGUCAUGUUCCGGUGCGGGUGGCGGGCGCGCAGGAGACAGCAGUACCGAGAGCAGGGCACGGCGGUGAACCCGCUGCUAGUCUUUGGCAAGGACCCCGUGCUGCCGAGCAUGGAAGAGGGCAGCGCCAGGUUCAGCACGUAUCCGGAGUCCCCGUACCUCAGCAGCGUGUCCACCUUUGGCGGCAGCCACGGCUCGGCCUCGAGCCCUCUGCUUCCCUUGCACUCAUACGAAAGACCACCAGGGACGCCACCGCCAGCGGCGGCAGCAGCAGCAACGGCACUCACGCCCCCGAGAAGCAGCGGCAGCGGCGGACGCAGCAACAACGCCGGCUACUACCCGUACCAGCCGCCGCCGUACCGGCACACCAGCAGCAGCCGCACGCCGUCGCCGCCGUCGCCGUACCAUCUCGCGGCCACGCUGGACGGGGUUCCGGAUUUCGACGUGUUCGUCUCCUCCGCGGCAGCAGCUCCACCUCCACCGGCGGUGCAGGAGCCUCCCAUGCACCAUCAAGCAGCAGCCGCCCCCGCUGCGAAAGGCAGCAGUCUGCGUCUCUCCCCGGCUCGCCACUCCCGGCACGGCAACCCGUGGGCGAUCAGCCUCGGCAUGUGGGACAAGAACAAGGACAAGGACAAGGACAAGAUCAGGGACAAGAACAGGGACAAGGACAAGGACAAGGACAGAAACAGGGACAGAAACAGGGACAGGAGCAGAACCAGGAAUGGGGCCAGAAACAAGAACACCAACCCUUGGCUGAAGAGCAGAAACGGCGACGGCGGAGGCGGGAGCAAGCCACCGCAAGCGAAGGCAUUGGUCUCGGUCUCGGUCUCGGCAGUCAUGAGGGUGGGUCCCCCGGCUGCGAUAGGCGGCUGCCGCGGAGCAGCCGCUGUCGGUAGCACGGUAAACUAG